AUGAGCACAGAAGGGAUCCAGCAGCGCAGGACAGUGAUCAAGGCCCAGAAGUCUUCGUUUGACGCCACCGAGAAGAUCGAUGAGUUCACUUCUUAUCUGGAGAAACAAUGGGACGAAACGGAGCAGAAGCCGGUCGCUGUGGCCGUCAUCAUCGCUGGCCUGGUUGCCCUCUACGCAGUCAACGGAAUCGUUGGCAAUGUGGAGAAGAUUCCAGUCUUUGGGUUCUUGUUCGAGAUUGUGGGCAUCUUGGUGACAGGAUGGUUUGGCUACCGGUACCUCGUCUUUGAGAGCGACAGGGAGGAGCUCAAGCAGAACAUUGACGACUUCCUUGACAAAGUCAAGGGAAACUGA